AUGACUGAGAGUAAAGGAGGGCAAAUAAACUGUGAAGCUUUGGGUUCGAUGUUGGCAAGGGAGCAAGUCGUCGAUCUUGCUGAGAGAUUUUCAACGAUUGAUGAAAAUGGUCAUGGCACAUUACUUGUCACAGAUGUGCAAGAAGCAUUAAAAAUUGUUGGCAUUGAUCUUCCUGGUUUUCAGUUUCGCGAAUUAAUAAAACGUUAUGGUAGUGCUAAACAUCUGACAUUCGAUGACUUUGAAAUUUUAUUUACUGAAUUGCGAAGAGCAAGAGAUCAAGAAGUCAAUGAAUGGAAGCAACGAAUUGGCUCCGUUACUGGUGCUUAUACUGUGAAAGGAUUGUCGGAACAAAGUAACGAAGAAAUUGUGCAUACUAUUCGAGUUGAAGAAGAGGUCGCUUUCUCUAACUGGAUCAACAGUCAUUUGUAUAAUGAUACCGAUUUGAAAUUUUUGCUUCCUGUAAAAACCGAUGGACAAGAUCUUUACGAUAAAGUACAAGAUGGAUUGAUCAUAUGCAAACUCAUCAACUUGGCUGUACCUGAUACUAUUGAUGAAAGGGCUAUUAAUAAGAAACAAUUGAAUACCUAUACAAAACUGGAAAACUUGACAUUAGCUUUAAUGUCUGCGCAAGCUAUUGGAUGUAAUAUCGUUAAUAUAGACGGUGAUGAUCUUAGUAAAGGCAGGCCUCAUCUUGUACUUGGUCUUUUAUGGCAAAUAAUCCGGAUUGGUUUGUUCAACCAAAUUGAUUUGAGACAUGUACCUGGACUAUUUCGGUUAUUGCAAGAAGGUGAAACAUUAGAUGAUUUGCGUAAGCUUUCACCGGAGCAAAUCUUAAUACGUUGGGUCAAUCAUCAGUUAGCAAAGGCAGGAGUGAGUCGAAGAUUGAUAAAUUUCACCACAGAUGUUACUGAUUCGGAAAUUUACACUUAUUUGCUUAAUGAAAUUGCUCCAAAAUCUGCUAACGUGUCGCUUUAUCCUCUCUCUGUCACAGGUACUGUACAAAGAGCUGCUGCUAUGCUGAAUGAAGCGGAAAAAAUUGAUUGUCGUGAAUUCGUUGCCCCAUACGAUGUUGUUUCAGGAAAUUACAAGUUAAAUCUCGCAUUUGUAGCAAAUCUUUUCAACAAAUAUCCUGGACUUCCUGAGCCAGGAACAGAUGAAUUUGAAAUCAAUGAUGUUGAAGAAACACGUGAAGAAAAAACAUAUAGGAACUGGAUGAAUAGUAUGGGUGUUCAUCCUUACGUUAAUUGGCUUUAUAGUGAUCUCUCAAGUGGUAUUAUUAUUUUCCAACUUUACGACAUAAUUCGGUUUGGUAUGGUAAACUGGAAACGAGUAGUUAAAGAAUAUUCAAAAUUAAGAGGUAUGAUGGAUCAAAUUCAAAAUUGCAAUUAUGCAGUGGAGCUCGGUAAACAGCUACGAUUUUCACUGGUAGGGAUCCAGGGUAAAGAUAUUUACGAUGGCAACCAAACACUCACGCUUGCUUUGGUCUGGCAGUUGAUGCGUGCUUACACGUUAACUAUAUUGGCCCAGUGUACACAAAGUGGUGAUUCCUUGGCAACUGAUAAGGAGAUUAUUGCUUGGGUAAACAAGAAAUUAGCAUCUUCUAAUAGCAAAAAGUCGAUUAAGAGCUUCCAAGACCCUACAAUAUCCGACGCCUGCGUAGUGCUAGACCUUAUUGAAGCGAUCAAACCAGGCACUAUUGAUUACUCUUUGGUGCAAAUAGGCAGUGUAGAGGCUAAUCUAGAGAAUGCAAAAUAUGCGAUCACAUCAGGACGUAAAAUUGGUGCAAAGAUUUACGCUUUGCCGGAAGAUAUUGUUGAGGUUAAGCCAAGAAUGGUGAUGACUGUUUUUGCAUGUCUGAUGGCUCGUGAUUAUAUGCCUAAUAUGAAAGAAGCUUCUUCGCCUGUCGAACCAUUACUCAAUCACGGAUAA